AUUUUAGAAAACAUCAAGUAGAUUGAAUGCUUGUUUGCUGAUAUUGCUUGCAGUAUUUUGCACGAUAUGCGUGCAUGAAGCAUAAAUUUAUUGAUUCUUUAGCAAUAUUUACUAAGAGUCGUAUUUUGGUUAGUAGCGCUUCUGUAUGCAGCGGAAUGUAAACAAACUAAAGCGGUGUAUGGUCAUUUCGUGGUUAAAUUUUUUUAUAUUUACAAAAUAUAAAUAAUAUAAUGUUAGCAUAGCAGAAAAUGCAUUUAAGAAAAAAAAAAUAAUAAAAUUAAUAUUAUAGUAUAUAUAACUUUUUGUAGCAUAGCUUUAACAUCCAUUACAAAUAUCUUCUUGAUAGCUCAUAAAUAGAUUAUUGCAUUUGGCGUUAUUUACAUGUACAUUUAUAUUAUAGUUUUAUUAAUUUUUUUAUAUUAACUCUCGUUACACACACACAUACAUACAUAUAUAUAUAUAUGUAUGUAUGUAUAGAUAUGAAAAGCAAAUAAUAUAUAUCGCAACGAAGUACCUUCACACCCUUAGUAUUUCGUAUUUUUAUCAUUUGCAAAGCUGUAGUACUUUUUUAAUUGUAGAUCUAGAGGUCACAGGGAUUUCCCGAAGUGGCCGCGUAAGAAAGAAAUCUUCUAAGCUUGUUGAUUUUGAAUCGCCUGAUGACUUCUCGGAAAAUAAAUACAAGCGACAAAAAACGCAGUUACAAGCAUCACAAUUGUUGGAACAAUAUGAAGCACAGCAUCAUAUGUCUCCUAGUCAAAUUCAACAGACUCAUGCUGGACGACAGAGAAAAAAUUCAGGGUCACAUUCUGGACAGCAAAGAGUUAAAGCAGAACCAAUAUCUGAUAAUGAAGGCCAGUCAUCAGCAUCGGAUUCAGAUGAUCCCAUCGGGUUGAACGAAGAUGAACGAUAUAGCAUGGAUUCUGGAAGUGAUGAUGAAAUAGAUCCUCUCAUGAUCGAUGACAGAGAAACUGGAUUUAGAAAAUUAGAACCACCAGGUCAGGAAACACCUUCUCAAGCAAAUAGUUUAUAUAUGCUUGAAAAAUGUAAAAAAAAAUUAAUUAUUAAGGAUGGCAAAAUAAUAGGCAGAAUGAAGGCACAACGUAAGGAUAAAGGGAAAACAAGAUUUACUGCCUAUAUGUUAUGGGCUAAAGAAAUAAGGCAAGAACUACUGGAACAAUGUCCUUAUAUGGAUUUUGCUGCAAUUUCUAAACGAUUAGGUGAACUUUGGGCCACAGUGCCAAACCUGGAGAAAUAUAACUGGCGUAGACGCGCGAAGCGUUUAGCAGCAAAACCUCAUUCUAUGCCUACCAAUAAAGAUGAGUCUGUUUGGAAAAUGCCACCACCUGCUUCUCGAAAAAAGUUCAUAAAUAAAAUUGGUAAUGGAAAAGAAACUAAACCAAUCUCUUCGAAAAAAACUCUUCAGUUAGGCGUACCUUCUGUUAUAGGAAAUGUACCUGUGUCACCUCCAACAAAUAAAGGUGGGAAAGAUUUGGUUAAUGAACCUAUAAUAGGUACAGGAAUGUACAAAGUAAUUGGAACACAACCCAUUGAUGUUGCGGCACAUCUCAAAUUACUUGGUGAAAGUUUAACCAUUAUUGGUGAACGUUUAAAAGAACAUGACGGUCAAAUAGCAGUUUCGGGUAGUUUGUCGGUAUUAUUGGACUCGUUGCUCUGUGCAUUAGGUCCUUUAAUAUGUCUUACACAACAGGUACCAGAAAUUAAUGGAGCCCAACACGAAACAUUAUCACAAAUGCUUGACAAUAUCGCAUAUCUUAUGCCUGGUUUGUAAUAUAGAUAUUAUAUGGAAACGCGUGUAAAUAUAGAAAAUAGCUAAAUAUAAAUAAAUCAGUAAUACGUUUCUUUGCUUUUUAAUAAAAAUAUAAUUAAUAAUAUCUAUAGAUAAGUAAAUAUUAGAAAAUGUACAAAUUGAAGAUGAAGACAUGUCAUAUAUGAAGACAUUUUUUAUCAUGUACAAUGAAAACAAUACAAAAUGCGGCCGUAAUUAUAGAUCUAUAAUAUAAUUUGUUAUACAUGUAAAUAAUUCAUUACAUUUACAUCUUCAGAAAUAUAUAAUUUUAUUUCAAUUAUCAGUUUUAAGAGUUAUUGGGCUCUUAGCGAAAUAUGUGUAUGUGUGUGUGUAUGUGUAUAUAUAUAUAUAUUAUAUAUACAUACAUAUAUACAUACAUACAUAUACACAUAUAUACAAAUGAUACUAUAUGUGUACAAAAAUAUAAAUAAAUACUUAUACAUAACUGUACAAAAAAAAAUAUUUAAAGUCUAAUUAAUAUGAUGUAACAGGUGGACAGAUGCAAAACAAAUUUUUGUCUCCGUAUGUAUCAUCUAUUCGACCCACACUAGGCCAAAUUUUAUUGCUUUUCUCUACAAAUGGCUAAAAUAAAAAUAUAUUAAUUGUUCAUUAGUUUGAGUCGUUGAUUAACGAUUUCUUAAAAUAAUAAUACUUACAGCAGGAAAAGCAGCUAUUUCUCGAGAAUAUGGCAAAACCCAAUCUUUUACAAUAACUUGUAAUUGUGUAUGCGGUGCGUUUUUUAAAGGAUUUUGAAUUAUAUCGAACUUGCCGUUUUCGAUAUUAUUAAUUUCAUUUUUUAUGGCUGUAAAAAUAUACGUAUUUAAUAUAUAAAUGUGAUAUUCUAAAUAUUA